AUGAUUGAAGCACAAAGGCUGACCUACUAUCGAAACAACCAAACCAAGGCGAGGAGUGAUAUAUACAAAGGGAUUCAAGAUGCAGUUGUUAGGCAUGAGACUCGUGCUUCCAAGGCAGGUAAACGUGUCAUCCUACCCGCGUCCUUCACUGGUGGCAUGAGAUACAUGUUUAAUAAUUGUCAAGAUGCUAUGGAAAUUCGUAAGAAAUAUGGAUAUCCAGACCUUUUCAUCAUAAUAACAUGUAACUCGAGUUGGCAAGAGAUUGACCGGGUUAACAAUCCAAGGAACUUAAAGGUUGAAGACUGGCCGGAUAUAUCAUGUAGAGUGUUCAAAUAUAAGCUUGACAUGAUAAUCUCGGAUCUUAAGCAAGAAAUUCCAUUUGGAGUGCUAGAUGCAGGGAUGUAG